CUUCACCGAGAGGCGUCUGUCGGCUUCACAAAUCCGCCGUGUGAACCAGGAUGCUGGGGGGGGGGAUCCGUGAAGCCGUGGGCUCCUGGACAUGUUAUUGUCAGCGCCGGGAAAUGAACGCUGUUUUUAUUUUAUUUUAAAUCUGACAAAUAUAUCUCAUUAGCAGCAGCAAAACACGCAGCGCUACAGUCCGCAUGAGAGAGGUUUUUCUGUUGAAUGUUUAGACGCUUUAAAAAAAAAAACGUUAUCUUUGCCGGUUGAGAAGAAGCAGCCACACCGAGCAGAACUAACAAGCCGCGGCCGCCUGACAGGUGCCGUCGCCCGGCGCAGCGUGGAGAGAUGCCGCCCGUCCAGAGAACCAUGUCUGAUCUUCGAACCCGGUCGGAGGGGUAUGAAAAGACAGAGGACACAUCAGAAAAGACAUCCUUAGCUGACCAAGAAGAUGCCCGAAUGAUACACCUCAACCAGCAGCAGUUCACCAAGUUUUGCAGCAAUCGAGUCAGCACGGCCAAAUAUAAUGUCCUCACCUUCCUUCCUCGGUUCCUCUACUCACAGUUCAGGAGGGCGGCCAAUGCUUUCUUUCUCUUCAUUGCACUCCUGCAGCAAAUCCCAGAUGUGUCUCCCACUGGUCGCUGGACCACACUGGUGCCGCUGCUCUUCAUCCUGGUGGUGGCAGCUGUCAAGGAGAUCAUUGAGGAUCUGAAACGUCACAAAGCUGACAACGUUGUCAACAAAAAGGAAUGUCAAGUACUGAGGAAUGGUGCCUGGGAGAUUGUGCACUGGGAGAAGGUGGCUGUUGGGGAAGUAGUCAGAGCUGCAAACGGCGAUCACCUCCCGGCUGAUCUCGUCAUACUGUCGUCCAGUGAACCACAGGGUAUGUGCUACAUUGAAACAUCUAACUUGGACGGAGAAACCAACCUUAAAAUCAGACAAGGUCUCCAAGUGACCGCAGAAAUUAAGGACAUCGACAACUUGAUGCGUCUCUCUGGGCGGAUGGAGUGUGAGAGCCCAAACCGCCAUCUGUAUGAGUUUGUUGGGAACAUCCGGCUGGAUAGACACAGUACUCAGCCGCUGGGUCCAGACCAGAUCUUACUGAGAGGAGCUCAGCUGAGGAACACUCAGUGGGUCCAUGGUGUGGUGGUCUACACAGGACAUGACACAAAGCUCAUGCAGAAUUCCACGCGGCCUCCUCUGAAGCUGUCCAACGUUGAGCGUAUCACCAACUUUCAGAUCCUUGUGCUGUUUGGCUGCCUGCUGGCCAUCUCUUUGGUCUGCUCGAUCGGCCAAACCAUCUGGAAGUACCAGUACGGCAAUGAUGCCUGGUACAUGGAUCUCAACUAUGGCGGGGCAGCUAACUUUGGCCUCAACUUCCUCACCUUCAUCAUCCUGUUCAACAACCUGAUCCCCAUUAGUCUCCUGGUCACACUGGAAGUUAUCAAGUUCAUCCAGGCUUUUUUCAUCAACUGGGACACUGAUAUGCUGUAUGAGCCCACAAACACACCGGCCAUGGCACGCACCUCCAAUCUGAAUGAAGAAUUAGGCCAGGUGAAAUACAUUUUCUCUGACAAGACGGGGACCCUGACUUGCAACGUCAUGCAGUUCAAGAAGUGCACCGUUGCCGGUGUGGCCUAUGGUCACGUCCCUGAGGCUGAGGAGGGUAGUUUUCAGAGGUUGACUGCCACAGCACAAACUCAUCAGACGAGGGCCGGAUUUAAUGACCCAAGCUUACUGGAAAACUUCCAAAGUAAUCACCCUACAGCUGCUGUCAUCCAGGAGUUCAUGACCAUGAUGGCCAUCUGUCACACUGCAGUCCCUGAGCGCACUGAUGGAAAAAUCACAUACCAGGCAGCAUCUCCAGAUGAGGGAGCUCUGGUGAGAGCAGCACAACAACUCGGCUUUGUGUUUUCUGGUAGAACCCCAGACAGCGUCUUUGUGGAUAUGCUUGGAAAGGAGGAGAGGUACGAGCUGCUUCAUGUGCUGGAGUUUACAAGUGUGAGGAAGAGAAUGUCAGUCAUCAUGCGCACCCCAUCUGGGAAGAUCCGCCUCUACUGCAAAGGAGCUGACACAGUGAUCUAUGAUCGUCUGGCAGACAACUCUAGGUACAAAGAGAUCACAUUGAAGCACCUGGAGCAAUUUGCCACAGAGGGACUGCGCACUUUGUGCUAUGCGGUGGCAGACAUCAGUGAGUCGUCCUAUCAGCAGUGGCUGGAGAUCCAACACAGAGCCUCCACCUCACUGCAGAACAGAGCCCUCAAACUGGAGGAGAGCUACGAACUCAUAGAAAAGAACCUGCAGCUGCUGGGGGCCACAGCGAUAGAGGACAAGCUCCAGGAUAAGGUCCCUGAGACCAUAGAGACUCUGAUGAAGGCUGACAUCAAGAUCUGGAUUCUGACUGGGGACAAACAGGAAACAGCCAUUAAUAUCGGACAUUCUUGUAAACUACUGACCAAGAACAUGGGCAUGCUCGUGAUCAAUGAGGACACACUUGAUAGAACAAGGGAAACCCUCAGCCACCACUGUGGAAUGCUUGGAGAUGCCCUCCACAAGGAAAACGACUUUGCCCUCAUUAUUGAUGGGAAGACUCUCAAAUAUGCUCUCACAUUCGGAGUGCGACAGUACUUCCUGGACCUCGCCCUGUCCUGUAAAGCUGUCAUAUGCUGCAGGGUAUCUCCUCUUCAGAAGUCAGAGGUGGUGGAGAUGGUAAAGAAACAGGUGAAGGUGAUCACGCUGGCUAUCGGUGAUGGUGCUAACGACGUAGGAAUGAUACAGACAGCUCAUGUCGGUGUGGGAAUCUCAGGCAAUGAAGGCCUGCAGGCAGCAAACUCCUCUGACUACUCUAUUGCCCAGUUCAAAUACUUGAAGAAUCUGCUGCUCGUCCACGGAGCCUGGAAUUACAACCGUGUAGCCAAAUGUAUCCUGUACUGCUUCUACAAGAACAUUGUCCUCUACAUCAUUGAGAUCUGGUUUGCAUUUGUCAAUGGCUUCUCAGGUCAGAUUCUGUUUGAACGCUGGUGCAUCGGCUUGUACAACGUGAUCUUCACUGCUCUGCCUCCUCUCACUCUGGGAAUAUUUGAGCGCUCCUGCAGGAAAGAGAACAUGCUGAAGUACCCAGAACUCUACAAAACCUCCCAGAAUGCUAUGGGUUUUAAUACCAAGGUCUUCUGGGCCCAUUGUCUGAAUGGCCUCUUCCACUCCGUCAUCCUCUUCUGGUUCCCCCUCAAAGCCUUCCAGCAUGAUACGGUUUUUGGCAACGGAAGAACUCCAGACUAUCUCCUAUUAGGCAACAUGGUUUACACAUUUGUGGUCAUCACAGUUUGUCUUAAAGCUGGCCUUGAGACCUCUUCCUGGACCAUGUUCAGUCACAUUGCCAUCUGGGGAAGCAUCGGCCUGUGGGUGGUGUUUUUCAUUAUCUACUCCUCCCUGUGGCCUCUCAUCCCUCUGGCCCCCGACAUGUCUGGAGAGGCGGAGAUGAUGUUCAGUUCAGGGGUCUUCUGGACGGGUCUGGUCUUCAUCCCCAUCACCUCGCUGGUCUUUGACGUUGCCUACAAAGUAGUGAAGAAGGUGUGUUUCAAGACCCUGGUGGAUGAAGUGCAGGAGCUGGAGGCUUUAUCCAAAGACCCUGGAGCAGUGGUGCAUGGAAAGAGUUUGACGGAGAGGGCCCAGCUCCUGAAGAACGUCUUCAAGAAGAGCACCGUCAGUCUGUACCGGUCUGACUCAAUGCAGCAGAACCUGCUCCAUGGCUACGCCUUUUCUCAAGAUGAGAACGGAGUGGUGUCGCAGUCUGAGGUCAUCAGAGCGUACGACACCACCAAACAGAGGACCAACGAGUGGUGAGCACCGGCCAUCUCCUUCCUGGCCGGCCAAUCCGGAGCCACAGCAACUGUUUCUCAUGGCGAUAUUUGAAGAGAAGCCGUGAUGCGAACGUGUGCCUCCAGCACUGAGGGGAUUUUAGGACAUGAAUAUGAAACGGAUAGAGGAGACUGACAUUGUGUAAUCUUUGAAAAAGGGGGGAAAAAAACAAUGAGCAAAACAAAUAGUGUUCACUAUCAGCUGUAGUUGUGUGUCCAGCAGACAUGAUGAGCACUGUGCUUUCUUAGCAGUCUGUGGUCUGAAGCUCUUCACUGUCUUUUGAUUUAUGGAAAAACAGUUUCCAGCACUGAGCCAAAAAAGUCUAAAAUCAUUGUAGUAAAUUGAAAUCAAACUCCUAAACACUUGUAAAAGUUAAACACUAGAUGAUGAUUCGUUUUAUUUGAAUAUUUGAACUUGUGUCAGAUUGCCAAAGAGCAGUCGCGUAUACAAUCUUCCAAAUACUCGUGAAUUCGGACAGAAACCUCAAACCAAAUGUAAUCACACUCCUGAGUGUAUUCCAACAUUAAACGGACCGCUUCAGAGCAGACAUUUGUAAUUUAAUUUGCUUUUUGCACUUAAGGAAGCAUCUCUUGUGUAAGGCCUUACAUUUGCUCAUGCCUUCAUCCUCUUUUAAAAUACACUUUUUUUCUUUUUCUUUAUUACUUUUUAUAGUUUCGUUUCUAAAGUAUGUAGAUAUUGUGCCUGGUUUUAUUUCUGUUUAUCUUUAUUAUUUAUUUUUUUUAACUGUUGCCUCCUGCAACACACCGUAGUCCAGUUUCCACCAUUUAUACAGCAGAAGUAUUGCUCUUGACAGAUAAUUGCAUUCCACACUUCACUCCUGUCUCAACAAUCACAACGGUGCCUAUGUAGAACUUUUCCCUCUUAGAAGUAAAAGAUAGCCAAGAGUAGUUUUAGCCAGCUAGCUUAGAGCAGUGCUUCACACACACCUACUGAAGACACAUCACUGUCUCCUCCCCCCCCCCCCAAAUCCCACCCCCGCCACAGUAUUGCACUCGUACAAUGUGAAAAUUACAGUGCUGUUUGGCACAGACCGAGAUUUGUUCCUGCAGAGUUAAACGGGAGGCUCUCUGAUGGUCUCUGUUGAAGCUGACAGUGGUGAUAGUGUUUCCCUUAAAAUGGAGAUUAUAUCCUUCUAACAUAAGUGCCAUUAGCUUAAGGGAGAGAGAAAUAUUAGCCAGGAAACUCCACCACAGUAUCAAAACUACUUUGUCUCUAUAGUUAUUUUGUGGAUUUGUAUUUUUAUAUUGGAGAUGUAUGAAUUUUGCAUUGACCGGCUUUGUAAUGAACUGUCUGUAACUCUUUGUUUCUCUUCCUCUGAUAAACUGGCAGGAUAGAUUAGAUCGAAUGAGGAGCUUUCUUAAAUGUCUUGUUAUUAUAAUAUUAAUAUUGUUACGGCUUGAUUUAUUUAUAUUUGACUACUUAAUGUCUGUGUGGUUGCUUUCUUCUCCCUAUGGGAGAUCAGAUUUCUGACAGUGUGUGUGACUGGCGUGUUUGUGUAUUGCCUGCAUGUGCAUGUGCUGUGUGCGAGUGAAUGAAUGUGUGUAUGUAUGUGUGUCAACUCUACUGUGGAUAACUUCUAUGUAUGCAUUGCAUGUCUGUGUCCUUUAUGUGGGACUGGGAGUUUACUGGCGUCUCCUGGUGUGUUUCUUAUAUUGUGUUUGAGAGUGUGUGUGUGUGUGUGUGUGAGUGUGGGUGGUGCUUGCUCCAGUUGUCCGUCUGCACGACUCCAGGUAUAACUAUGGUGUACUACUGUGUGCUGAUGCAUGGCCGGUAUGGGGGAAGUAUGAUUGUUUUGUGUGUGUGAGGUGCGAUUGUGUGUGUGUGUGUGUGUGUGUGUGUGUGUGUGUGUGUGUGUGUUCAAACUCUCUGCCUCGACUGUGGGAGUUUCUGAUGCUCAGCUUGCUUCGACAGGAGAUGUUGCACAAUGCACUCGAUGUACCUUUCCAGUAGUGGAUAUCUGGUAUUUCUGUUAAUGAUCUCUCUGAGUGUACAUGUUUGUAACUUGUCGCUUUACGGGACAGCUCUUCUGUGUUUCUCAGCUCAGCGAGGGUUUAUAAUUUAAUCUUCUUGUUAUUUUUUCUACGCUGGUCUUAAUUGUUGAAACUUAAUUGGUUGUCAUCUUGUUAAAAAUUUCCAAACCGCUGAAUGUGGAUGUCGUCGUCAUCGUGGAAGGCUUGGACUGUUGCUUUCUUUUUUCCAGAAAAAAUAAAAACACGUUGUUGUUUGUGAAAGUCGUGGGCUGCAUGAAUGGAUAACACAAAACUUCUCUGAAGUGUUAACUGUACUACUUUGAUUCUCCCUCAAGUGUUGAUCACUUUACAGAAGAAAAAAGAUGCACCUUUAACUUUAAUUUUUUCUUUUUUUUAAAAUAUUUGUUUAUUUUCUGUAAUUUUGUUCAAUGAUUGUUUUGCAUGUUGGGACUGCAGAAUUAUAAGUGUUGUCUUUUACUGCCAUGAAGGACUACUGAAAUAAACUUUACAAUC